AUGACCUGCUCGGCUUCCUGGCUCCGCGCCGCCCCGCCCGCCCGUGUCAGGCCGUGUCGUGCCGGGGCCCCGCGGAGCCGUUGGGUGAGGGCCGAGGCCCGCCUGUGUGGAAGCCGCCGCCGCCCGUGCCCGCCGCCGCGGCCCGCCGCCGCCAUCAUGCUGGCGCUCAUCUCCCGCCUGCUGGACUGGUUCCGCUCGCUCUUCUGGAAGGAGGAGAUGGAGCUGACGCUCGUGGGGCUGCAGUACUCGGGCAAGACCACCUUCGUCAACGUCAUCGCGUCAGGUCAAUUCAGUGAAGAUAUGAUACCUACAGUGGGCUUCAACAUGAGGAAAGUAACUAAAGGUAACGUCACAAUAAAGAUCUGGGACAUAGGAGGACAACCCCGAUUUCGAAGCAUGUGGGAACGGUAUUGCAGAGGAGUCAACGCUAUUGUUUACAUGAUAGAUGCCGCAGACCGUGAAAAGAUAGAAGCCUCCCGAAAUGAGCUGCAUAAUCUUCUAGAUAAACCACAGUUACAAGGAAUUCCAGUGCUAGUGCUUGGAAACAAGAGAGAUCUUCCUAAUGCCUUGGAUGAGAAACAGCUAAUUGAAAAAAUGAAUCUGUCUGCUAUUCAGGACAGAGAAAUUUGCUGCUAUUCAAUUUCUUGCAAAGAAAAGGAUAAUAUAGAUAUCACACUUCAGUGGCUUAUUCAACAUUCAAAAUCUAGAAGAAGCUGAAGCAUCUCCUGAAGUCUUCCAGUCCUUCUUGGCUAUAAUCCUAGAAUUAUUGUCCGUUCCUCUGAAGUACUUCCCAGAAUACGGUCCUUCCUACACCCAAGAAAUUGCCUUUUUCAGAGUUUAUUUCUCAUGUGCACUGCUGAAGAUGUGUGUCCCUAAUCCUUCAUAAAGAAUCAGCUAGAGUUGUCAUGAUAAAGUCAGCACACACAAAGAGGCUUCUUACACAUACUUGUCUUAAACAGUGUGUGGAGCUUUUUUUAAAAAAAAAAAAAGAAAAAACAAAACACACUCAACCAUCUUAAAUCAAGAAAAUUGCAUAUUUGUGUUCUGGUCUUUCUGGGCCAGAUUUUUAUAUUGGUUUUCAGUAAAUGUCUAUCUAUAAUAUUUCAUUAUAGAGUUCAGUAGCUUAAUAUUGAUACUGACUUGAUACAGCAUGAAGUUUCUAGUGCCACACGCAGUAUUUAGAAAACCUUUAAGCCUGACUCAUGUGGGACAUAAACAAUAUGUUUAUCUUAUCUCACAAAUGCAUGUGAAAUGUAUAAUUACACCUUAGGAAUUCAAACAUGGUCUGCAAAGAAUGAGCAGAGGCACCAGAUCAGUGUCGUGGGUUCUCUACACUGGUGAGAUUCUACCUGACAAAUUUUUACAACAUUCUGCUUUCUGAGAAUUCUUCAUCACCAGAUAGCUUUUGGGGACAUGGGAGGAACUGAAGCAUGCUGUUUUGUAUCUGUCCAGAUCAUUACUUCUAUAUUUUAUUUUAUUUUUUCUCCUGGUUCAACAUAACUUUUUUAAGGGGUUGGGAAUUAAAGAUUUUCUCAAAAGCUUUCAUGAAUUUAGAGCAUUCCAGCCAACAUAAUAAAACCUGUUGAGAAUGUCAGACUUUGUUCAAACACCUGUUUGUUCUUUCUGUCUCCAGUCAUUAACAGUGCUGCUGCAUGACUCUCUAACUCUUGACUUUUUAUAUCCAGUCUUAAAGUUGACUUUCAGCACAAAAGAUACUUAUAAACAAAGAAAAGUUCUUAUUUUUCUCUCGUUGAUGUAAGGGUUGGCACUCUUUUGACUGGUGCCAUUAGACAUCUUGAUUAUUGUGACAACUCUAGACCUGCCUGCUUUAUCUAAUGUAAUCAUGCGCAAUGUCUACAGGUUGUUUAAUAAUCAGUCUCACAGAGAACUGAGGAACUGAUGCUGUUGUUUUGCUUCUAUGAUACAGAGAUGUGUCAAAAAACUUAAAACGGACAUGUUUUGUAGGUUAGUGAUCUCCAUAUACAUAAAGGGACAUAUUAAUACUGGUUCACUUGUAAAUUAUUAUUCACAUAGACCACUGUAGUAGAUAAAAUUCUCUGGUAUAACUGCUUAUGUGUUGCCUCACACUGUGUGUGAUUUUGUUUCUUUUGUUAAGCAGCACUUAGGUAGACAGUGCAUUUCCGGACGUGUUGAGCACUCAGAGUGUAGUCGACAGUAAGUUCUUUUAAUGGAUACCAGUUUUAAUUUAUAGACAGCCAUGGCCUUAAAAUAUUCAAAAACUGCACUGUAUUGCACAGACACUACUUGUUUUUUCUCCAUUCAUAUUUUUAUGAGUAGAAUCUGGGCUUUUAAAGUUCUCUUCUUAUUCUUUGAAGCAUGUUGCAUACUUCCCAGAUGGGACGGAUGGUUCCGUAAAUGAAGGGAUAUUUGAAUUUGCUACUGUCGGUCAGCAUCACUGAUGGUCACGGUGAACCAUUACAAAGAAUGUGGCAACUUGCUUGUGCCUGAAAGAAGUUGGAACUAGAAUGUGUGACUGACUCUUGGGGACUGCAUAGGUUUGUUAAUUGACCUAGAGCGAACCCUUAAUGUGUUUGCGUGUCUGUUCAUUGCUUUCAACAUUUCAAGACAUCCAAACGCUACUACCAACAUGUUCCUGUGCAUUAACCUCUGCAUGUGAAAACUUAACAGUUACUGAACUUUGUAAAUACGUGAAUUUUUUAUUUAGGUGGAUGCAUUUUUUGUCUGUUUACUGCUCUUCUCAGCUUUAUUCAAUAAACUUGCAUUUUGAGGGUUGUAUUGACAAUUUUAACUUAAAAUGUGCAUCAUGAUGGAAUGUGCAGACUUCUUUGGAAGGGCUUAGACAGUUACCAUGAGGAAGGUCCAUAGACCAUGUGCUAGAGAGAAAUCAGCUCAGCCCUCAAAAAAUUGGGUCUGUGGGCUAGUUAAAAUAGAAAUAAACUUUUAAAAUAUCCA